AUGGCCCUUGCAGCUCAUGAGGCCUUCCCAGGUUCGUCCUGGAGCGCGCCAAAGGAAGUGCCUGGGGAGAACCUUGAGAACACAUGGAUGCUUUUGCAUGAUGUGCCGAAGGUCCCAGCAGCCCCUGCCACCGUGGAGGUGUGGCACAAGGGCCAGAAGUCACGUCCACAGAGUGCUCCGUGCAGGCGCCAGCAGCCGCCCUCAGAUUUGGUGCUGAAUCCCAGCCCGAGCCCACCAAGGCUCACUACUGCGGAUCGCUUCCGUCGUGGCCGUGCGCGCACAGGACCCCUGCCGGAGACCGAGCUGAGGGGCGUGUCGAAAGACUCGCAAGGCUGCUACAGCACCGGGCUGACAGGCUUUGAGGUGAGUCUCCAAAGAGAGCCCCAGCCUGCAGUGUCCGUUCAGGAGCUGUCGCUGGACCGAGAACCUGCAGCCACGCCCGCGCCCGCAGAGCGCUCCACAAUUGACGCGCCCGCAGAGCAGGCCGCAGAGCGCUCCACAGCUGAGGCGCAAAGAGCCGCCAAAACCGCAGCUAGGAGAGCAGGAGGUCCUCGAGUGGAUGAAAUAUGGUCGAUCUCCUUGGGCUCCCAGAAAGGAGCCAAACUCCGUGGUGACGUUUACUGCCAGUGCCACCAGUCCGACCCGAUCCAAGAGGUUUGUGGUGCGCACCGACGUGCCGCCGCCGAAGGUGCCUCAAUGGUCGUCCCCCGAGCCUUCACAAAGAAGGGCUUCUGCUGCCAGCCUCAUGGCGCAGCCUUCCGGCUUCCUGGCGUGGCUAUGGCAGGCCCUGCCACGGCGGCCAAGCUCAGCCAGUGCCUCAAGGCGCGAACCCCAAAGGUAUUGGAGGAUGCAGAUGCAGCCGAAGUAAAGGCCUCCCUCCCAGGUGCGGCCUGCUUCUGCGCCCACAUCGCGGCCUGCUUCUGCGCCCACAUCGCGGAGCUCAACCUCGGCGCCUCGUCAGUCGCUUCUGAUGAGCCAGCCUGUCGACGUCGCUCAGAUUUUACCGCGCAGACGCCCCACAUCCUCCUCGUCGCGGCGAAGCCGGUCAGGUCCGGGGCCCUGAUGCAGCAGGUGGUCUCCAACGUGCUGCUGACUGGACCUCCGGUGAGCGCGUUCCUGCAUUCUGCUCUAGCACGUUCUUGGUUCAAAGGCAAGAAGGUGCACUACGACUCAGUGCUGAAAUAUCUCCAGCGUAGAAACUUGGCAGCUCAUCCGGAUGAGCUCAUCUACAUCACAGGGCAUUCGCUGGGAGGCGGCAUCGCCAACCUUCUGGGUGCAGAGCUCGGCAUCCCCUCCAUCGCCUUCUCGCCCCCAGGGGUGCAAUCCACUGCAACGCUUCUGGAGAUCAAUCCGGCGCGUUUACAGGCUAUGGCCUUGGACAUCAUUCCCGACCAGGAUCCAGUGUCUCGGGCAGCAGGGCCCCAUGGCACUGUGCAGCUGCCCAUUGGCUGUGCGGACAAGGGCGCGCAGUGCCACCGCAUUUUCAACAGCGUUUGUGAGCUCUUUGACAUGUGCGGAGACCAGGCAACGCCUCGGCGCAAGCUGCCAUGUGACUUUUGUCCUGCAAAGAUCCAACAACGCCACUCGCUGGCGCCGCACUGCGCCCGCCACGGCGAGCCUCUUGAGCCCCCGCCAGUGAUCCUUUGA